GGGUGGGGAAGGCGGGGGCGCGGCGGUGGCGGGAGCGUCCCUGGUUUCCGCCCCUGUUUCCCACUCUCCUUCCACCUCCGAUCGCCGGGGCUGUGGACAGGCUCGGCUGACCCGGCCCCCCGGAGCCGCCCUGCUGCUGCCGCUUCCUCCCUCCGCUCCGCUCGCGGUGAGCUGCCUGGCCGUCUCCGCGCUGUGCGCUCCCCCGUCUGGGCCAUGGAUGGUGUUGUUACAGAUCUUAUAGCAGUCGGUUUAAAGCGGGGAUCUGAUGAGCUUCUUUCUUCUGGCAUCAUUAACGGACCUUUUACCAUGAACAAUUCUAGUCCUCCUAUAGGUGUAUAUGGUUUUGGACUUGGAAAGUUGAAUAGAUGGUGGUGCCACUCUAUAUUAGAAAAUGUAGGAAGGAUAGAAUUGGACAACAUAGCAGCUAAUGGGAAUGACAACAAGAAAUUUAAAGGAGAUAGACCUCCCUGUUCGCCUUCCCGUGUUCUCCAUCUUCGCAAAAUUCCAAAUGAUGUCACCGAAGCAGAGGUCAUAUCAUUAGGGUUACCAUUUGGCAAAGUAACUAAUCUUUUGAUGUUGAAAGGAAAAAGCCAGGCUUUCUUAGAAAUGGCUUCUGAGGAAGCUGCUAUUACCAUGGUGAACUAUUACACUCCUGUGACCCCUCAUCUUCGAAGCCAGCCUAUCUUUAUCCAGUAUUCCAAUCACAGAGAACUUAAGACUGACAAUCUACCUAAUCAAGCUGCAAAAAGAACCCUAGUUCUUGAUUCUGUGUGGAAAGUUAUUUAUAAUCGAGCCCAAGCGGCACUGCAGGCUGUCAGUGCUAUCCAGUCAGGAAGCCUGGCCCUUCCUGGAGCUCCCAGCAGUGAAGGCACAAUGCUACCCGGGCAGAGCCCUGUGCUCCGGAUAAUUAUUGAAAACCUCUUUUACCCUGUGACCCUGGAAGUUCUUCACCAGAUAUUUUCUAAAUUUGGCACGGUCUUGAAAAUUAUCACCUUUACAAAGAAUAAUCAGUUUCAAGCCUUGCUUCAGUAUGCUGACCCAAUGAAUGCACAGUAUGCCAAAAUGGCACUGGAUGGCCAGAAUAUCUAUAAUGCAUGCUGCACUCUGCAUAUUGACUUCUCCAAGCUUACCAGCCUUAAUGUGAAAUAUAAUAAUGACAAAAGCAGAGACUUCACUCGCUUAGAUCUUCCUACUGGUGAUGGCCAUCCAUCCCUUGAAUCCCCUAUGGCUGCUGCUUUUGGUGCACCAGGUAUAAUUUCCUCACCAUAUGCAGGGGCUGCUGGAUUUGGUCCAGCCAUUGGAUUUCCUCAAGCUACAGGUCUGUCAGUCCCAGGUAUUCCUGGAGCUCUUGGUCCUCUGGCACUCACCUCCUCUGCCGUCACUGGAAGAAUGGCCAUUCCUGGGGCUGGUGGUAUACCAGGAAAUUCUGUUCUGCUCGUCACCAAUCUCAAUCCUGAUCUUAUCACACCCCAUGGGCUGUUUAUCCUAUUUGGAGUCUAUGGUGAUGUACAUCGAGUGAAGAUUAUGUUUAAUAAGAAAGAAAAUGCUUUGGUUCAGAUGGCAGAUGCAAAUCAAGCUCAACUAGCAAUGAACCAUCUGAACGGUCAGAGACUUUAUGGAAAAGUGCUCCGUGCUACCCUGUCCAAACAUCAGUCAGUUCAGCUUCCUCGAGAGGGACAAGAAGACCAAGGUCUGACUAAGGAUUUUAGUAAUAGUCCUUUGCAUCGCUUUAAAAAGCCUGGCUCUAAAAACUUCCAGAAUAUCUUUCCACCGUCAGCCACGCUGCAUCUUUCCAACAUCCCACCUUCCGUUACAAUGGAUGAUCUGAAGAACCUUUUCACAGAAGCUGGAUGUUCAGUGAAGGCUUUUAAAUUCUUUCAGAAAGAUCGCAAAAUGGCCCUUAUUCAGUUGGGAUCUGUGGAAGAAGCCAUCCAGGCUCUCAUUGAGCUUCAUAACCAUGACCUUGGAGAGAAUCACCACCUCAGAGUUUCCUUCUCAAAAUCCACAAUCUGAUUUUCUGUGAAUUUUUCUUCUAAGACUGGACCAUUAUAGCAGUAAAAUGUUCAGACAUAGACUGAAGCAACUCAAGACCAAUUCUGCCUCUUUUACAAAAAUGAGUUUUUUUCUGAGUUUGCUGUUUAAGUAUAUUCAAAAAAUUAAGGAAUGUUUUACCCCCUGCCAAUCUGUGAUCAAAGGGGUGUUUUUCCUUUAUAUCAUAGUUCCUAUAAAAAUAAUCUUCAGGGGAAAAAUUUUUUUCCCCAGUAAUUUAAAUCCCCAUAUUAAAUUGGAUUUCAAAAAGACAGACUCUUUUCGUUUGGGACCAGAUCAGCCUUAUACAUUUCUAAACUCCUUUGUACUUUAAAAAAUUAAAUGUGACACCUUUUAAAAUUA